AUGUCGUCUGGCGUAAUGGACAAACCAGAAGACGCAGCCGGUGAGGGGAAGCGCGCCCCGCCGGUGAAGGUCCUGUCCGGCCAGCUGAGGACUGCGACGGAGGUACGGGGGAGCUCCGGCUGGCUCGUCAGGGAUCUUUCCCUGCCGGUCUUGCUGGUGUGGAUGCAGGGCACCGUGCUGGAGGUGCAGUUGGAGCUCGGCACCGUGCUGCUCAUGGACGAGACGGGCACGUUCACAGUCCAGGGCGUCAACAGUGUGCCUAAAGGGAAACCGUGUUUGUCUUCGGGUAAAUAUGUGAUGGUGAUGGGCGUGGUCCAGGCAGUCUCCCCGGAGCCGGUGGUCCGCGCCGUCAAGCUGGCCGACCUCUCCGAGCACGCCACGCUGCACAGACAGAUGUGGAAGCUGGAGGUGGAGGAUCUGCAGCGGGUGCUGGCUCGUCCCGCCUCUGUCGGACCAUGACAGCUGGAAACAAAACAGACCUCACCAGACACCUCGAUUAUCGUAUGAAUAAAUUCAUUAGUGUGUUAAUUUAUGCAGAUAAUGUUCUAAUUACAAAGCACAAACAAGCAUACAGAUGUACUUAGAAAAAAAACAACUUUAUUUUGUGUGUUGCCUGUUAAUUUUGGUAACACUAGGAGAAACCCGACUUAUGUGGACUGAUUAAAAUUAAUUUCAAAUGA